CAACCGUUGUUUAGAAAUCAUCUCCCGACCUAGAGCUAACUAUUUAAUAGUAUAUUUUUUUCUCCUCGAAGAAACUUUCACAAUCGUGCACGUACACUUAUGGAAAAACCAUGUCUUUCCAAGCGCUAGAUAAGACCUACUGACCUCCACGACGGAAAUUUCGGCUGCGGGCACGAAACAACUUUCAUUUUAUCAUUUGCCGAGCGAUAAAAGAGUGCCUCAGCAACCGACGCGAUAAUAGGGCAGAGCCAUUGGAAACUCUUCGCCGUAUAAAAGGAUACUUGGCCAGUUGACGAUCGUCAUUCGUGAAGAAUUUUCGCGACUAGUAACACCGUUCCGUAUUGAUUUUUCGUACACUCGGAGUGAUUGAAAGAGAGGAAACAAAUAAAACAAAAAAGCUACGUUUGUGGUGCAUUUUCUUGAGCUUGCGAUCGCCGACAGUGACUUGUGAUGAUGAACUUCUCGAUGUCGUUCGUGCUUAUCUUGGUUGUCAUCGGGAUGAUGCAGCUGUCACCAGCGAAGGGUCAAUAUACAGGACCUACACUUGCCUGCGGUGGUACAUCCUUGGUAAAGACGACGACACUGCUCACCCCGAACAACAUAGCUGCGAACGGGCUGACCUGUGUUUACACCAUCCGCUCGCUCAACACGCGCAUCUGUCAGCUCCGAUUGGAUUUCAACUCGUUUAGCCUUGCCCAGCCGACGCUCGAUCCGUACCCGCGAUGCAUCAACGAUGUGUUUUCGGUCGACAACUUAAACUUCGAUUUAUGCGGUGAAAAUAGCGGUCAGCAUGUAUACGUACCCUUCAACCCCACCAGUGCCGAUCGUACGAUGACGAUCACCUUCCGCAUUGCCAGCCGCUCCCAGAUCCCAACACUGGCCAACCCUCACUGGAGCAUCCGUGUGCAGCAGCUCGAGUGUCCGUCGGGUAUGGCAGCCGCUGCCAAAGACGCUACCCGUCAGCUGGACACUCCCGACAUGCUUCCACUGAUGGCACGUACUCUCUCGCACGGUGAUAUCGGUCUGCUUGCACCCACCGGCUGUCUGCAGUACUUCCAGGACAACUCUGGUACGGUCGAAUCGUUCAACUUUGGCAACGGAGCUGGCCCGUACCUUGGUGGAAUGAACUAUGCGAUCUGCUUCCAUCGGCCCCGUAACAGCCAGACACUGCGCAUCCUACCGACCACCUUCGAGAUUGCAUCCUCUGGCAAUCCGACCGCACAGAAUCCGGGCGUCGAUGAGCUGUGUUACUCCAGCGUUGCCAUCGCGGCACGAUCCGAAGACAACCUGCACAUACCGAACGCGGUGGUCCGUUUGCCUACUCUGCCCGCCCUGCGAGCUAACCGGUUCUGCAGUAAUAGUUUGAGCAACGGUGAAGUUGAUGUUACCGCGCCGGGACCAUACAUGAUGUACUUCCAGAGCGAUCAGCUGUUUGAUCCAUUCCGUCGUGAAACCGGAUUCAGUAUGAGGUAUCUGAUUUUGUAAGCCAGUUCACGACCUCAUCAAACCGAAAUCGGAACUACGCCCCGGAACAGACCAAGGAAUAACUUCCAAUCGCUCGCUCAGCAAUGCUGCAGGUUUGCCUGCGUACCAUUUAAAUAAUAAUGUAGCACGUUGCACACUACAAAUGCACUCGUGAUCAUUGCUCAACGUUCUAUUGCAUGCGUUACACUAAUCAAAUAAAUCCUACUCUAAGACAUUUCCAUGACAACAAGAGAGGGUAGAUGUUUGUGACAAGGUGUAAUAAACUGUAACAAGAGAUGACAACAAGAAUUGAUUGGUAAAAGAAAGACAACAACGAGUUUGUUGAGAGGAAUGUUAAUAUUUUAGUAGAAGGUAAUACCAGCAAUGUAUUUGAACUAAUUCACUGUUUACACUACUUUCAUUUUCUGGAUCAGUGAGUCCAA